ACACGUGCGGCAAACAGUAGUAUCAGUGGUUUCGUUUAUUAAAUUAAAAUAUAAAUUAAAGUGAAAAUAUAUUGCAAACUGGCUGGCAAAAUAGGUUUUAAACUUCUUUAGUGUUAAGGCAAUGGUUUGCAGACAACAAGUUGUGCCAGAAAAUAACACACCAGCACAACGUUGUAAUACAAACAAGCAAGACACGACUCCUAUGUUCAUUGAUAACUUCAUUGCAAAGACUAGAUACAUUCAUACUGACCUUUCAGAAUUUGGAAAUAUUUCUAAUAUGGACUUCGAAGAACUUGAUAAGCUUAAAUUACAAUACUUGGCCGGUGCGAAUCUUGUUGAGCAUACACCACUGUAUGCGCCUGGUGGAGAAUUUCUAUUUAUUCGCUGCAAAAAUGUUAUAUACGUAUAUUCUACGGUAACUGGAGAGCUAGCACGUAAACUUACCGGUGCUAGUGCUAAUAUUGUGUCAAUGGAGUUAGAAUUACAUGAUAAUGAAACACUUGUUGCGUGUUCGUCCAAUGGCGAGGUUUUUCGUUGGAUUUGGCGUUUUGGACGUCAACAACAAAAACUUGAAUUGAAUUUGCACAAAGCCCAAGAAAUUCUUACUUUUAAUCUAAUUAAUUUAUACGCCAAUUCCAAUACAGCUUGUGCAUUUGUAACUGCGGGAAACGAACAGCAAGUCCAAUGGUUUGUGGUAGACACAAGUACGGGUGAACGUUUAAAUGUGCCAUGCAAAUUAGAGCUGCUUCCCACUAAACCUCUUGUUUCGGCAGAUUCAAAAAAUUUCAAGCAUAUCGCAAUAGUGCAAGGUUACUAUGUAUAUUUUCUAAAUUACAAGACAUGGGCUUGGAAAAGGCUAUUUAACGCACGCCGAAUUCCUAUUACUGUUGUACGUUGCCAUCCACUUGAAGAAGCGAUUAUUACUGGUGAUGAAAUUGGUCAAAUUUUUUUAUGGCGUGAGUUUAUGAGCCAAAGCACAGUGAAAACGACACUCUACCAUUGGCACCAUACCGCUGUUACAAGUAUAGCGUUCACACCAAGCGGCACCGGUUUCUAUAGCAGUGGCCAUGAGUCGGUGCUAGUCUAUUGGAAUAUUCAGCAACCCGAUUUACGUAAUUUCCUGCCACGAAUGGGCUCUGUAAUUUGCCAAUUAGCAGCUAAUGAUGACAAUACCCAAAUUGCUGUUUGCACGGCAGAUAAUGGGGUCCAUUUUGUUGGUAGUGAUAAUGAAAUCGUUAGCACUCUGCAGGAAUUCACUUAUAUGGAAAAAGACAAAACGGGUAAUAACAAGUUUCCUGUCGGAUUGCGUUUAAAUCCUCGUACUAAUACUAUUGUGUUGAAUGGCAAACAUGGUCAUUUACAAUUUUAUUCUGUAUACACCAAGAAUAUGCUGUACAAUAUGGAUAUUGUCAUGCAAAAUCAACUCUCUAUGGAGAGUGCCAAAGUUCUCUAUAACAUCAUGGUGACCAAAGCAGCAUUUAAUAUCGAUUGGAUGGCAACUGGCGAAGUGUUCAAUGAUUAUGAACAUUUGCCCGAAUUACGCUUAAAAUUCUGGAAAUACGAUGAGGCUGCUAAGACAUACUCACUCAAUACAAAUGUUGAGCUGCCACAUGAAGGCGGAUUUAAAGCCAUCGAAUUUUCUACACCAAAUCAAGUGGAUAAUUUGCUAUGUGCUACGGUUGGCGAAGAUAAUAUCAUAAAAAUGUGGUCGCUUGAGGAAUCCGAUAGCAUUUAUAAGAAAGGCAAAGCUUGGUACUGCAUAGCGAAAACUUCCUAUCGUGGCUUACCUGUGGAAUCUAUAUCAUUUUCGCAAGAUGGCUCUGUACUAGCGGCAGGAUACGGCAAUACGCUUUGCAUAUAUAGAGCUGAAAAUUUGAAACUAAAAGCAGCGCUUACCCCACCACCAGGUUUUGACGGUGUUGUACCUACAAUACAAGUGAGCUUGCGACAGAAAGGCGUAGAAUCUCAGCUGAAAGACGAUUUCACACCAGAAAGACGAAAAAGAUGGUUGCAACUCUUGAACGAUUUCAUUGGAAAAAAUGAUGAGACGCUAAUCAAAGAACUGGAGAAGUUUGCAGAAAAAUGCGAAAAAAUCGAUUUCAAACCCAAGGAGGUAUCGGCUGAGGAUAUUGAUGAAGAGACAAGAAAAAAAUUAUAUAAUAAAAUAAUGGAUAUGCAUCAGCUAAACUUUUUCCACAAAGUUUUGCUAUUUCAACGCUUGGGAAUAAGAGUAAAUGUGCAUCCUGAAGGCAAGGAACGUUUACUCUCCUAUUUAUAUGAUACCAUAAUUCCCGAAGGUCAGCGCAAUCGUUUGCUUGAAAUGGAAAACGAAGUAAAACACAUUAGUACACGUUAUCGUUACAAAGCGAAAUGGCGCUUGCACGAAUAUGAAAAGAGAUUAAAGCGAUAUGAAGCGCAAGUGCAAGAAAAACUGUUGCCACUAAUGGAGGCGCUCGAUUUUGGUGAUGCGUCUUCAACGCCCCUUACAAACGGCAAUUCUGCGCAUAAGAGUGGAGCAUCUAUUACGCCGGAAAAAGCAGAAAAGUCAAUUGAGCAAUUGGAGGAUAACGAAGAGCCACUUGAGGAAAUAACUUUGUCUGAUCCAGUAAUGGCGCAGAUUAAAAAGGUGCAAUUCGCAGCUGGAGAAUGGGCGCAUUUGGUGAUUGUGUGUACGGAGAGGCGUGUUUUAAUAUAUAAUUUGCUCACAUUGCGUUUACAUGCUGCAUGCAAGCUGUCCGUCGAGCAUAUGGCCUUCGAUCCAAUAAGCAAUUUAGUCGCUGCCUUUACCAAGUAUAAUGAAUUAUAUGUAUUCCAACCGAAUGUACCGUUACCCAUAUAUCAACGUCGCAAUUUACCACGGCUGUAUGACGCGGUUUGGCUACCGCGACGUCAUCCCAAAAACCGCUCUAUCAAUGUUGACUGGCAGGCACAGUCGACUUUAUACUUUUUAACAGAAGAUCAGGAAAUCUACUACUUGGGUAUACCGGAUAGUGUGGACGAUGAUGCGCCACCACCAAUUACAUUUACGAAUCCAGUUAAACAAGCAAUGCAAUACAGUACAUUUGGCACUUUUGCUACGCAACAACACUCUGAUAUGCAGAGCAGCACUAGACAAUCGAUCGGACCAUUAGUUGUGGGCAAUUCGAGUAAAACGGCUGUGAAAUCGUUAAUUGACAUGUCCACACAUACAAUGCCGCCACUAAGUCUCCUCGCUGCCGAUUUUGUUAAAUCUCUCCUUAAAACUGCUGAUUCAUCUGCGAAAGAUGCCGACGCUAACAAAGGAGAAACGUUCGAAAAGUCUGGAAAACCAUUAUAUAAUAGAAGGAAAAUGUUGAAUGGUGGUAGUAGGGCUUUUAUGAAUGGUCAUGGUGCCGAACACUCGGACGAUGAUGAAACCGAAGAAGAAGAAGAAGAAGAACAAAAACACGCAGAGAAGGAAAGUAUGAAUGGUAAUAACACAAAACAUGCCGUCGCAAUGGAUGCAGACAUCGAGAUGGUAGAUGAGGCGCUAGAGUUGAAGAAACGCAAAAGUUUGAUUUUGAAAAAUGAGGAAAUCAGCGCAAAUGCAGCGAAAACUGCUGCAACACAACGGCAAGACAACGAGGCGCAGCUGAAACGCAUUGCUGUAGCCAGUGUAGAAUUAGAAUUUUAAAUUAUUGAUUGCAUUCAUUGAAAAUUUUACAAAGUAAAAUGCUGUAGUAAACUAAAAGC